CGAUAUCACGUUGGUCAUUUACCCGGUUAAGAAGUUUUAUCAAGAAAAUACCUUAAUUAAUUUUUAAAUAAAUUCUAACUUGACUUAAAAGUGCCAAUAAAACAUUUUUUAACUAAAAUUUAUAAAAAGUAAUUAAUUUAUCCAUAAUUGGCGGUGAAUUUUGUAAACAAAAAUGUUGCCAAGUGUUUUUGCAUUUCUUAUUUCGUGUGCUAGUGGUGUGGAGUGCGAGUGGAACAAAUGAUACUACACAAAUCCAAAUAUAGGUGGCGCAUGAGUUAAAAUUAAAAUAGAACGAGUCCUUUGAUUGGUCGAACCAUAUUUUAGAAUUUAUUCUAUUAUGCCAAGUUUUAAAGUCUUUUUAAUUAAAUUUAAUCGCAAAAUUAUAGUUUAAAUAAUUUAAAAAAUUAUUAAAAAAUCCAUUAAAACUGUGGCGCAUUGUGCUUGAACUUUAAUUUCAAAGAGAAAAAAUUCCCACAAAGCAAUUAAAGAAAAAAAAUGGCGGAAUCAUUUUUAGCCAAUUGCAGUGAAGCUUGUAUUUGACUCGUAGACGACAGAACGGCGGUCAUUUUUUCGUGUUGAAAUUUUACAUUGAAAGUUUAAAGAAUAAGCAACAUAAUUUAAAAAUCAAAACAAAAGAAAAGUGAUAUGUAAUUUCGGUCGGUAUAAACAAUAAACAAAAUUAUUCAUCUGCAAGAUAACACCCGAUCCGAUCCGCAUUCGAUUGCUGCAACAAAUGCAAUCCUCCUACCGAAUGAUGUCAACAGAGUUUUAAAUUUGAUUUUUGUAUACAAUUUGGGAAGUUUUUUGAGUAAACAUAAGUAAAAAGUAUUUUCAUAAUGACUGGCAGAGGGACACGCAAGAGGGGUAGGCCUCCAAAAACGCCAAACGACCGCAGUAAUAAAUUUAGCUAUCAAUUGCUAAAGAAACCCAAGUAUUUAACGAAGAAGCCAGAAUCUCAGUUUAGCACUCCGUCGGCGUCGAGGGCAUCAUCGCCUCCGGAGAGUGAUACGAGUCGCAGGAGCUUGAAUCGUUCCCAAAAGGUGAAGACAACACGAGGACGUGGAAGACGCUCUGGGUAUAGUCAGGCUUCACAAUCAACAUCUUUCUCCAGAAAAGGCUAUGAAUCCGAAUAUCAUUAUGGUUCGGACUUUGGAGAUUCCACAGAUAAAAGUGACGUUGAUGAUGACCCAUUAAUCAUGUCACCAUCGGAAGAAGAAAGCGUAGGCGGUGACAAUGUAAGCGAAAGUGAAUUCUCCGAAUGUAGUUUUGGCCAGAGUGGUUUAGGUCGACCACCUCGUCCGCCCAGUCCCGAUCCAAUUUGGUUGCAAGAUCGCGAAGUCGAAACAUUGGAUCUUCCUAAAUCUUCUGAUGAUUUACUUAUUUCCAACGCUUUAUCACUUCGAGCUGUUCAAAUCUUUGAGGUGUUACGUCGAUUUCGUCAUAUUAUUCGUAUCUCGCCAUUUCGUAUUGAAGAUUUUUGUGCAGCAUUAAUGUGUGAAGAACAAAGUUCUUUAUUCGUAGAAAUUCACAUAAUGCUAUUGAAGGCUAUUCUUCGCGAAGAAGACAUCCAAAGUACCCACUUUGGACCACUAGAUCAAAAAGACAGUGUCAAUAUAAGUUUAUUUUUGAUUGACAACAUAACAUGGCCAGAGGUUCUACGAAGCUACGUGGAAAGUGAUCCGAUUUUCGAUCGAAGUGUGCAUGAUAUUCUAGAAUCAAGAGAAUAUCCACACUCGGGGGUGGAAGAUAGGUUGAAAGUGUUGCAAUUCCUCACUGACCAAUUGCUAUACACCACCGCGGUACGUGAUGUUAUGCUUCAGGAAGGACCCAUCCACUAUGAUGAUCAUUGCCGAGUUUGCCACCGUUUGGGAGAUCUGCUGUGCUGUGAGACAUGCCCGGCUGUCUUCCAUCUUGAAUGCGUCGAUCCGCCUUUAGUUGACGUGCCCACAGAAGAUUGGCAGUGUAAUCUCUGUCAAUCACACAAGGUAUCUGGAACUGUUGACUGCAUCUUACCGCAAGAAAAACAAGGUGUGUUAAUUCGACAUGACACAUUAGGCCUCGAUAGGCAUGGCCGAAAAUACUGGUUUGUGGCACGUCGUAUCUUUGUUGAAAAUCAAAGUGGCAGCGAAAUUUGGUACUACACCACCACACCGCAGCUAGAGUUGCUUCUAUCAAUGUUGGAUCCAAAUGAUCUAGAAUCAGGUCUUUGCAAAGAGAUAAAUGACAGAAAAGACGAAAUAACCAGACAAAUGAAGAUAACCGAGAAGCUUACAAAUGAAAAUAAACUAAACAAAAAGUCCUACAUAGAUUUUGAGAAUGAAAAAAUCAAUCAGAUUCUAAACAAAAGUGCAUCGGAAAAUGAGAAUACCGAAUCAAAAGAAGAUGAACCGGCCACCAACUCAGAUCUGAGAGUGACCAGACAAAAACAAAAUCAAAUAAAUACCGGAACGCUGUAUUUCAAGUUGGGCAUGGAAAAUGGCUACAAGACCUAUGUCAAUCAGUACGCUGUCAAUCCGAUUGCUUUGAACAAACCUCAGCGAAAUGAGGAGCGCGACAAACGGAGACAUCUUUCUCAUAAAUUCUCCCUGACAACGGCAUCGGAAUUCAAAUGGCUAGGAAAUUCGAAUGGAACUGCCACAAAUGUUCUAAACACCCUGAGACAGACCUUGAUGAGCUUCGAACAGAAUAUAGCUUCGUCAUUUAUGAUUACCAACUGGAGUACCAUACGAAAGAUUUGGAUGACAUCGGUUACAAAUUCGACAAAACCAACAGAUUUUUCGUAUGUUCUUUUGUUGCUUCAAGCUUGUUUUAAAUCAGUCAUCUUUGCCAAUGUGUGGCAUGAACAAUUGGGUCAUAUUAAAUUCCAUCGAACCACGUCGGCGGAGCGAGAGGAACGCAAGAAGAUUGAGAAACGGGAGAAACGAGAGCGGGACGACGAAGAGGAACGGAAUCGACUGGCAUACAACUAUGUUAAGUAUUCGCUUGGCCUGAAACACCAAGUUUGGAAACAGAAAGGCGAGGAAUACCGCAUCCACGGCCAAUGGGGCUGGAUAUGGAUGUCAUAUUUCAGACAGGCCCAACGUAAUCGUCGUUCCUGUGAGAAAAACUGUGCCAGUAAAGUGAACAUUCACAUUGUGCACAAAGACGAGCACAAAAUCAUCACCGUUGACCCGAGAACCUAUAAUUUCUUGAAACAAUGCGAGCGAUCAGCGCAAAAGGGUCUGGAUUAUGGUUACAUUGAGGACUUUAAGCACAUCAAAAUUGUAGAGUUCACUGGCAACGAGAGUAUUGAUGUCAUCGAUGUUUCAAAAUCACUCACUGCUACGGGCAGACUACUCUACCCAAAGAUCGGAAGGAAGAGCAAAGUGGAUGAUUUGUUGUCAAAACGGCUACUUUUAAAGGAAGCCGAGGAGCAAAAGAUGUCUAAUAUAAACAAAGUCGAAGACCUCCCAAUGCCAUCGAAACCCGAGAUUACACCAGCAACCAGUAGCAAAGAAUCAAUUUUAGAGAGGCAAAUACUUCGUUUAGUCGAACAAAAGCAUACUUCUCAAUCGAAUAGUGUCAAUCUAGAGUUAGUCAAUACGCUGGCGAAGAAAAUCCAAUCGGUGCGCCUUCAAUUUAGCCAGUUGAAUAAGUUUGCCAAGCAAUAUCGUUGUUAUACGAAAGAUUGCAAUACAAAUUCGAAUGCAGUUUCCCAGAUAACAGCAAACACUUGCUACUCGCCGUUGUGCUUGCAAAAGGCACGAGCGAAGAAGGAAUUGCUGCUGCUAUUGAGAAAGGCUCACACUGCUGGUAAUGGUUCAAAAGAAACAGUAGCCGCUAUUUUGGGAGCAGUGAAGAAGCCCUCGAUUCUGGAACAGAAACUGACUGAGGGCAAAAAGGAACCAAAUGCUGGACAGGAUGAUGGGGAUGAUAAGUCCUUUGAGGAAUGCCCAAUUGAUUUGAAACAAGACUUCCAAGUGGCUUUCGAUAAUGCUCUAGAUUUCGAAGAGCAUCUCCUCACGUCAAAUUACACAAGUAUGCAUGUAAAGGAGGAAGCCGAUAUCAAGGAUGAAUGUGCGGAGGAUAUUGCUGCAACCAAGCCAAACAAUCAAGAAUUUGAUUCGCCGAAGAACGUCGUCAACGAUACUUUGGCGGCACCUGGGGCAGAUAAUUAUGUGGAUAAUUUGGAUGUUUGUAGUAAUGUUGAAAUCGAAAGUACAGAUACCGUUUCGAAUCUACUCGAAAAUGAAGUAAUGUCCUCGGCUAAAAAGCGAAAGUCAAAGCUUCGGAGUAAAAAUGGAAAUGCAAAAGACUUGAGCUUCCACCAGCCCAUGGAAACGAAUGCUCCAGCGUCAGUUAGACAAAACAGACGUUUCCCAUUGCAUCCCCCGCGAGUAAUUAAACGUGAAGAUAAUGUAAAAAUAGAACCCGAAUUAGGACCUAACGGUGCAGAGCGUGUUUACUCAGCAACACAAACAAGGGGGAAAAUCUAUUUGGUUCGUGAGCUGAAGAAGUAUAAUGAUAAGAAAAACGCCACAUCCAAUACCACCACUACCCCUAGCAGCUCCGCCACCUCUUCAUCCCCUGAUCCACCACCUACUUCGACCGCUAUUUCAAAAUACCCUAUAACAUCCAGUUUCUACACAAAGAACUUGAAAAAGAGUCUAAUGGUUCUUCCGAAAUACGAACUUAUUAAAUUGGCCAGAGCUGGUGGUAAAUUACAAAUAAACGGCUAUCAUCACAUAGCAAAAAAUAACACAACCGUAUGGCCGUAUCCAUGUUCGAGACCGCUGUUUAAAACCUGCUGGUUAUAUAGGACUACGAAUUGUCCGACUAUAGCAGCGAUUGCCUUGCAACUUAGAAUAUUAUAUUGUUGCCUGCGUUGGGACGAUAUGAUAGCUAAACCACCAUCACUGGAUGGCAAACAUCAAAUAACAACCGACACAGAAAUUGUCACUCAAGAAUUGUUAAAGUUGAAGCAUUACGGAAGAUGCAACGAGAAGACACAGUAUUUAAGAAGGAAGGUAGUUAUUCCGCUGGAAUUGCCAAAAACUAUUCGAGAGGUAACAUCGAUAAGAUCUGGUUUACGUAAGAGAAAACGUGCCGAAUCACCUCAGCAAACUGAGCCUCAAGUAUCAGAAGAAUGGGUCGAUGAAGACAAACUUGAACUUUGGGAGAUUAAACUAUUUGGCGAGAAACAAGAAAAAAUACGUACUUCGAUGAUAAGUAGAAGUGCUCAUUUAAAACAAUUAGAAAAUGCAUCCUCCAGCAGUAGCACAUCGAGUAGCUCUCCCUCAACAAACAACACAAGUACUUCAAAAACCCCAUCGUCCAAAUUCUCCAAUGAAGAAAUGAAAGAUAAAAUGGAACAACAACUUAAGUUACAGCGUGCGGUGCAUCAGCAGAAAAAAUCCACAGAAGCUAAACAAGCUAUUGCUAAGGCAAGUCCUGGUCAAACUAACCGAAGAGUGAUUGUGAGAAAUCCUGAUGGAACUACAAGAGUCAUACACCAGACUGUAGUCACUCCAUCAACACAGACGGCAAAGUCUACACCAAACAACAAAGUUAUUAACAAUACCGUCACGGAAACAGCAACAACAACUACUACAACAACUACAGAAACACCUCAGCCCACACCGCAGCCUACGCAGCAUAAAGUUCAAAUUAUUCGUGGUCCCGACGGAAAGGUUAGUGUGCGAGGUUUGAGUCCAGGACAACAACUAAUUCAAAUGCCUGACGGCAAAUUACAUGUCCUAACAACGACACCAGUGAAUGCCAAUAAAACUUCAACUAUAGUUAAAAGUUCGGCGGUAGUAAAUAACAAAACAACUCACAAUUCGGUUCUUCCUACGACAACAGUUAAACAAUUAGCUGUGAAACAAGUAGUGAAGCAGCCUGUUGUUCAGCAAACGAAUGUGGUGAAGCAAAUAGUUAAUCGGGAAAUUCAACAAAAGGUAACAAAUACUAUUGCAUCUACAUCACAGGCCGUUAAAAAUGGUUCUCAGGUUCCUGUUUCACAAACUGUGCACAAAGUUUUAACAACUGGCGGACAAAUUGUGCAAACCAAUAAAAAGCCCACAAACCUGCAGCAAUUGAUUGUGCAACCAGGUCAAAAACUCUUGGUUGGUCAAAAUGCCCAGGGACAGAAGGUUUUAAUAUCUUCGCCCACUCAACAUAAUAUACAACCUGCUCCUACACAAAACAUCCAAACUGUUGCACAAGCCGCUCCCCAUCAAGUGGUAAUAAAUUCGCCGCCUGCGCAAAAAGUCAUUCAGCAAAUUGUCAAUACAAGUAAUGUUCAGCAACAGAUUAUGGUUGGUGGCCAAAGAAUUAUACUUAGUCCGGGACAAACUAUUGUUACCCAGAGAUCAGUUCCUCAGUCCUCGCCGGUGCAGGUUUUACAGCAGCAAAUAAUACAACCAGCACAGCCCCAACAACAGCAGCAGCAGCAACAAAUUCAACAACAGCAAAUGGUUAUCCAUGCACAAUCUCCGCAAGUUGAAACAAGAACCCAAGUUGUGCCUAAGUUGAAGGUGCAGAACCAAACUAUAAGUCAACAAAUUCAACAGCAACAACAACAGCAGCAGCAACAACAACAACUACAACAGCAACAGCAGCAGCAACAACAACAACAAUUACAGCAGCAGCAACAACAGCUACAACAGCAGCAACAGCAACAACAAUUACAACAACAACAGCAGCAACAACAACAACAACAACAACAGCAGCAGCAACAACAACAACAGAGUGUUGAAUGCAAUCAACAGCCAACACAACAGCAACUCGUGGUACAAAAUUCAGCCUUGGCCCAGCAACUAGCCCAGGGUAAACUUCAAGUUGCAAAUGUAAAUGGCCAGCAAGUCAUAAUAAAGCCUUUGGGAAAUAAUCAAGCACAAAUUGUCGCACAUAUCAAAACUCAAAGCGACGGAAAUGCCCACAUUGUGACAAGUACGAAUUUCAAUGAAAAUCCAAAAGAAACAGCACCACAACAACAACAGCAGCAGCAGCAGCAACAACAGCAGACAAAUACAAUUAAAUCCAACACCACUGUUGUUCAGCAAAUUAAAUCUCCUACAACAAUGAGCGAUCACAUAACCAAAGAUAAUAAAAUGGCAACAAGUGAUCAAGGGCAUAAUAAUAUGUAUUCGCCGCAAGAAGAACCACAACAACAACAACAGCAGCAACCCACUUCAACAACAAUCGAGCAGAGCCUUCUGCAAGGACAACCGCCCGGAACUGUAAUUAAAUGUGUCACGGCCCAAGUUAUACAAACCGAACAUGGACCUAGAAUAGUUUUGCAGGGAUUAGUUGGAAAUGAUUUUACGCAACAACAACUUGCCUUGGUUCAACAGCAAGUUAAACAACAGUUAUUAAAAGCUCAAGAAUCCAGUGGUAAACAGGGUGUAUUAGGGCCAACGAAAAUCUAUUUAGCUGUUCAACCAUCCAGUAGUGUAAUUCAACAAAAUUCACAUUCCCAGCCCUCGCCAUUAGUAUCUGUGCAACAAAACCAACAAGUCCAGCAUGACCGUAUUGAUUCCAUUGAAAGGAAUUCAAGUGAAGGCUUGGUUCAAAUUAAAAAGCAGAGUAAUGAAAUCAAACCCGAAAUAUAUCCAAAUCAAAUCGAGUCAAAACAAAACAAACAUAAUACUCCAGGAAAAAUACAAAAAGAUGUUGCGAAAAUUGUGUCAACCUUAAACCUGGAUAAUAAUCAAUCUUUUGUUAUAACUCCCGAUUAUAUACAACAAACAAUAAAAAAUGCUCUCAAACAAGAAAAUCUCAAUCCAGAAAUAGAAGAAAAACUAAUAAACUUGCAACGAUACCAGGAACGCCAAAUGAAAUCAGAUCAACCGUCAAAUAACACAACCACAGCAACAACGACAACAACAAAUGCAUCAACCCCUGCAAAUAUUAUUUCAAAUGUAAAUAUUUUUACUCCAACGACGACGACGACGCCGACGCAACAAGUGGUCCAUGCACCUAGUAGUAGAAAAAGAAACAGUAGCAAAAUAAAGGACGACGAUGAAACAACACCAUCAAAAUCGAAGAAUUUAUGUUUGUCUUUUGGUGCAUUUGCUGCCGGAAAAUCUGAAAAUGGCAAUAAUAAUACAUCUUUAGUUGGUGCUUCGAAUGAAAACAAAGCCAAACAUGACAAUGAGAAAAAGAGAACUGCUGCACAGCUUAAUCGAUUGAAUCGACAUAAAGAAUUAUUGAAAAAAGAUAUAUUAAAGAAGAGGGCAAUUCUAGAGAGAGUAUUACACAUUGAAAUUCAGAAAGAAAUUGCAGCUGCGAUGCCAGACCUUCAAGAAUAUGAACAUAGAAGCUUUAAUAAUGUCAAAUCCGAAUCAGAUGAACAAUCGCCUCGCAACACCCAUCAAGAAAUUCAAACAUCAACCAAACCGAAGAAAGGCUCAAAAUUCCCCGGGUUGUCGAAAAAACGUGAAAAGUUGUAUUGUAUAUGCAAAACUCCUUAUGAUGAUACUAAAUUUUACGUUGGUUGUGAUUUAUGUAGCAAUUGGUUUCAUGGUGAAUGCGUUGAUAUUACCGAAGAGGCUUCGAAAAAGUUGUCUGAAUUUAUUUGUGAAGAGUGUCGUCGUGCUAGAGAUACUCAAGAAUUAUAUUGUUCAUGUAAACAGCCGUACGACGAAUCGCAGUUUUAUAUAUGCUGCGAUAAAUGCCAGGACUGGUUCCAUGGCCGUUGUGUUGGAAUUGUCCAAAGCGAAGCUGAAUUUAUCGAUGAGUAUAUAUGCCCCGAUUGUCAACGUAACAAUGACAUCAAUAUGGCAAACAUGAAAAGCCUUACCAGUAAUGAAUUUGAGGAAUUAAAAAAACUUAUGAAACAAAUGCAGAAUCACAAAAAUGCGUGGCCUUUUAUGGAACCGGUUGAUCCGGAAGAAGCACCGGACUAUUAUAAAGUUAUAAAAGAGCCAAUGGAUUUAAAAAAGAUUGAAAAGAAAAUAAAUGCUCAGAUAUACACAAAAUUGUCCGAGUUUAUUGGAGAUAUGACAAAAAUAUUUGAUAACUGCCGCUAUUAUAAUCCUAAAGAAUCUGCAUUUUAUAAAUGUGCGGAAAGCGUUGAAGGAUAUUUUGUUCAAAAAAUAAAAAACUUUCGAGAAACCGUGGCAAGUGCUUCAUGCAAUGUGAAAUAAUUUUAAUAUUAUUAUUAUUAUAAUAUAUUUGUAUUUAUAAACUUAUAUAUAUAUAGUAUAUAAAGAAAAAUAAUCGAUGAUAAAUUCGUUAACGUGUAAAUUUUGCUAAUCAUUUUUAAGUAUUUUUAAUUAUAUAAGUGAAAUGUGUAGUAAAGAAAAAAAAUAAGUUUUAAGCUUAGUAUAUUUUUAUGAAUAUACGUUUAGACAGAGAAAAAAAGAAAACAAAAAUAAAAAACAGAAUUAUUAUUAAAAAUAAACGUACAAAAAUAAGAAAUUUAACUUUAAUAAUAAACGUUUGUAAAUAUUUGAAAUAAUAAAAAGUAAUAUUUAAAACAAAAUUAUGAUAUAAAAAGCAUAAUUAUAUAAAAUAAUGUUUGUUUUUUACUAAUGAUCUUGAAUUUAUUGAAAUUUGAUAAAUACAUUAUAAAUUUAUGGUUUUUAAAUAAUUUAUAAUAAUUAAAACAAAAAUAAAACAAAACAUUUAGUGUUUCGGUUUUCACGGUUGUACACUGUACAGAGAUAUUAAUUGUUUAUCAUUAAUAACGCAAUUUAGAAGUAUAAAAAAAUGUAAAAAAUUUAACAAAAUAUUAUAACAAUAAAUUAAAUACAUAAAAGGUAUGCUUAUUAUCCUUAAAAAAAUUAAA